AUGAGAAAGAAUAGAUGUUUUUGGAAAAAAUGUCAACCUGUUCCUGCACAACUAUUAACUGGUGCUGAAAAUUAUGGUAGAGUUUUAGGAAAUGCUUUUGCUGAUUUAGACAAACAGUUUGCUGAAUUAGUGAAUGUUUAUAGAACUAAAAUCGGUGUUGACCCUACUGACGACACAUUAGCCACUGAUGCUGCGGGAAAUAAUAUUCUGGUUGAUGCCACUAUUACCACUAAUGCCACUUACAACCUCAAUGGUAAAACCUUAGCCCAAUUGCUUACUCCUCACACUUGCCCUCCUUGUCCUCAAACUCAUUGUCCGAAUACCCAUGCUAAUUACGACGCCAUUAAGGGAGAAAGUGCCGAAUAUCAACGUAUCCACACUAAACUAAGUGGCCUAACCACAGAGAGAGAGAGAGCAUUAGAAGCAGUAAUUACGGAAAUCAAGUCUAAAUUAACUCCUCCUGCUUGUGAUAAAUGUCCGGGCAAAGAUAGUAAAAUUAGUGAAUUACAAGAACAAAUAACUAAUUUAAAGGCUCCCAAAACUUUGAAAGAUUUACCAAUUAGCAAAGGAGUUAAAGAAGAAGUAAUUAAAAUUAGUCAAGAAUUAGGCUUAACCGCUCAAUCCUGUGCUAAAUUAGAAAAGGCUACUUCUUACCAAGAAUUAUCUUCUUUACAAAAACAGGCUUUUCAGGAAAAGUUAGACAAGGAAAUCGGCAGUAAAAACAGUGCUAAUUAUUUAAAUUGA